GGGUGGAGGCAGUGCGUCGGCAGCGCCGGCCGAGGGAGGGCGGCUUUCUCUGCGCUCUCUCCGACGAGUGUAGAUCUUCUGAGCGCCCUACUGAUCAGCCACAAUGAUAAUGCUGAGGACUCACGUGCUGCCACUGUUUGGCUUGGUGCCUCUGGUGGCCAGUUUCGCGGGCCCACCUUUCGAGCCUGUCUUCUUCGACGGCAGGCCACUUGAUGGCGAGCUGGUGUUCCGGCCGCCGGUGCUCGAGCGGCGCCUGGGCCGACUGGAGCGCCACGCGCCGGCCUCCGAGCUCACCCCGGACGGACUCCUCGGAGCCAACCCCGCCCAGGUGGCGCUGGAGGAGCUCGUACGAGAGCCGCGCAUCGGCGAGCGCGUGCGCACCCAGAUCAACUACGCGGCCGGCAAGCAGCCGAUUGUGGUCAAAGUGAGCCCGCGCCCGUACGCCCCGCUGCCGCAAGUGGAGAGGCCGCUGGGUGCGGCUUCGGCGGCGCUGCCACGCCCCGUUCCGAGUCCAUCGAGACCUUUCCAGGGUUCCAUCAACGGCUUCAAGCGACCUGAAGACGUGUUUGGACCGGGUCCAGGCUCGUUCAACUCGUUCGGUGGUGGAGGGUCGUUUAGCGGAGGAGGAUCGUUUGGCCGACCGUCUGUUGGCCGGCCCGGUAACCGGUUCCCCAGCCGACCAAGGCCCGUGGUGCGUCCUGGCUUCGUCAUCCGCGACAACCCACCGACGAGCCCGCCGUUCCCCGAGACGGUAACCGGGCCGCCGUACCGUCCCCCUCCCAACGGCGGACUGCGCGAGGUGUACCGACCCAAGCCGGAGGGCCCGUUUUUCGUCCAGGGUCGCACCAACCCGAACCGUCGCGGCCUUCUGGCUGAGGAGGUGGCGGUGAACGCGGUCGGCGAGCGGCCGCACCUGGCCUUGGUGGAGGUUUCUGACCGCACGGAGCGGCCGCUUGGGAUCUCCGAGACGCCUGUGUCCGGUGGCCGGCUGACGGCGCGCGGCCCGCUGGACGGCGGAACCAUGCAGCUGACCAACGUGCACACCGUGUCGCGCGUCCAGCGGCCGCCGGGAGCUGGUCAGAGAGGUGGCCGGCUGCUGAACGGGUUCGCCGCCGGCGUGCUCGGCUUUCCUCCGACGCCGCCGUCCGCUCCGACCCCGCUGCAGAUCGCCGCAUCAACCCUAGAGCCGGCGGAGAUCUCUUCAAUCGCGCCGAGCGGUGCCGUACGCUUCACAGACAGCCUGAGCCUGACUCUGGGAGGUCCCGGUCUGCCAGGUCGACCGCCGAUCAGCGUAACCCCUGCCGGGGGUCACGGUAUCGUCUCCCAGAUCCGCACAGCCGGUCCGACGGCCCCUGGUUUCCUGGGCACCAGCCGUGGCGCGUCUGUAAGGUCGAGCAGCGGCAGCAGCACCUCCAGACGACCGGCUCCCACGACAUCGCAUGGCAGGUCGAGGAAGAUGCCCUCCUCGAGACGUCCCCCGGUCACCGCUGGACCCACCGGACUGCCGUUCCUCCCCGGACGCUCCCAAAGCGUCACUCCGGCGGGACUCGGCGUCGCCCAGGCCCUGACCGCCAGCCCGCCCACUCCCCACCCGCUCCUGCAGUUCACCUCACCGUCUGCCGUGCCGUUCACGGCCGACCCUUUCGGCACCACCGCCGCUCUGACACAAGGUCCCACGGCGUUCUCACUCCCGAACGGACAGCUCUCGUUCCCCAGCGCCUUCGGCGGCGGCUCUCAGGGCUUCGGGUUCUCCUCUGUGGCCACGCAGAGACAACUGGGAGCAGGAGGUCGCUCGUUCAACGGUCAAACUUCUCUCAGCCCACCCCGCUCACCCAUUCCCGCAGGGCCUCGUCUGCCCGACUUCAUGUCGCGAGAUAGUCUGAGACCGAGCCGACACGGUCAGGGCAGGGUGGCGGGGCCAGCGCUGCCUUUUGAGAGCCCCCCGGCCGCCGGCAGUCAGCAGACAUUCGGCACCGUUCGACCUCCGUUCCAGAAUCAGUUCGACCCCCGUGUCCGCUGCGGCUUCCAGCCCAACUCGGGAUUGGGGCUGGGGAGGACGCUGGAACAGGAGUUUGCUGCCGCUUUCGGAACUGAUGCAUUCCUUACUGGCAACACGCAGCAGCCAACUGCGUUUGGUGCGACAGGAGGGUUCCAAAAUCAGCUUGGUCUGGGACGUGGUCAGGGCGCAGUGAAUCAGGGUCUCUUCCCGACGGCUGGCACCCGAGGCAGGGGUUUGUUCAACUCACCCUCCGGCAUUGGCGGUCGCAACAACGGCUUCCCCACGACCGCCGGCGCAUUCAACAACCGCGGGCAGUUUCCAGCGGGUCGUGGCGGCAACGGCGCCUUUUCCUCACCUACGGGACCCUCCACCAGGCGGGGUCUGUUCCCUACGACACAAACUGCUGCGAACAGGAACGGUCUCUUCCCGUCAUUGACCAGCCCAUCCAGCCCACUCAAUGUGUUCCCGACCACAUUCUCAAACCGGGGAGUUAAUAGCGCCUUUGGAUCAGCGUCUACUCCCGCCGGCUCUUUGAACCCAUUCUCUACAACUCCCUCUGGCCGCAGCACCAACGGUCUGUUGCCGUCACUGACCUCUCCAUCGACAACUCUAAACCCAUUCUCCACUAACCCAACCCUGCAGGGCAGAGGAAACUUCUUCACAUCCCCGACCCGCCUUCCCAACAACCGCGGAUUCUUCCCCACAACGCCGUCCUCUCAACGCGGACUGUUCACGCCCUCCGGUCGCUCCACCUCUCGCGGGGCCUUCCCCACCUCUCCAUCGGUCCCCACUCGCUCGAACCGAUUCCGUCCAUCCACCCCGUCUGGCUUCUCUGACCUCGACCGCGGCGUGACCCGCGCGGGUCCGACGAUGCCCGGUCGCAGGCGGGCCACCGAAGACUUCCCGCAGGACUUUGAAGAGGAAGUACGGUAUUUUGAGCCUCCGGGUCGUCAGGCGGCGCUCAGUGACGAGCGUCUUAGACAGGCUUCGUCGGCCUCCAGCCUGGCGGGCACCUCUCUGGCGCUGUUAACGGCCACCCUCCUCCGGAUGAUGGUCUGAGGAGUGUGUGCUGUGGAGCUAGGGAUUGACCCCAGCCACAACAGGAGCAGCAAGCAGCAGCAGACCGCCGACCUAAGGUGGCGAUGUUUCGAUUAGGAGCGAUCCGAUGCUACUAGACUUGUCGACUUGCAGUUGUGCGCGGUCGUCGUAAGAAAGAGGAUAAGAGGCUUAAAAAUGUGAGAUGUGUCUAGGAUAAUGGGCUGCAAAGCAUGGACACAGCGAACGGUAGUGCACAACCUAUGAAUAGGACGGAUGGUGUUUAUAUUCGUUCGACGCAUUAUUGCAGCUCCUGAAUGUUAUGGCAGGUGAUUUUGAUUAAGGUGAUUGUUAUGCAGCUUAAAAGUUCGGAACGGAGCCGGAUUGUCACGUAUUGCUAGUAUGUGUCGUUGUUUAGACACCACUGUUUUAGACUGUAUGCUUGCCGUGUUUGGAUAAGUGAUGAAAAUGUUAAGUAUUCAUGCAUUUUUGCUUAUAGAUUCACAUGUGUUUUAGCAUAUAUCCACGUAAAAUAUUUAUACCAAAAAGAGCACAUCAUGAGCUGAUGAAGAACUGAUGACUGAUGAUUAUUUAUACGCGUUCGUAAAUAAAUACAUAAAACCACU